AUGGAGAAUAUUGCUAAAAUUCAAAUUGGGUUGUUGGAAGGGAAAUCAAAUUGGGAUACUUGGAAAUAUAAAGCCAUCAGUCUACUACGAACCGUCCCGCACGCGCUGGAAGUAGUGGAAGGCUCGUUCAAAAAACCCACAGAACCCGAAAGUCCGACAGAAGCAGGUGCAGUGUCCACGUACAAGACAGAACUAGACCGUUUUGUAAAAGCUGACGCGACUGCUCUGCUGAUCGUAACUACCAAUAUGAAAGAAGAGACACUUCGAAAGGUCAUGAGGUACACGAAUGCAAGAGACGUAUGGCUUGAGCUACAUAGACUAUUCGACGGCACGGACGACGACAAGUCCUACAAUCUAUGUAUGAGCUUUUUUGGCUUUAGAAAAGAUCCGGCAGAUGACAUAGCUACACACAUGUCAAAAUUGAAAAAUAUUUGGACGCAGCUUAAUCAGGAAAUAAGUAAGGACAAAACCAGUAAGCUUCCAGAACUGCUACUCCUUUGCAAGAUUCUCGAUACGCUUGACGAAACCUACUUUUCCUUCAGAAGCAGCUGGCUGUUACUGCCUAGAUCUGAACGAACUAUAGAAAGCCUUACAAGUCAUUUAUGUGCAUUUGAACGAGCUCUUCAGAGUAACAACGUACUUCAACAGGAAGCUCUCGUUUCAAAUUCCGGCACUACGUCUACUGCAGAGAAGAAGGACAGAAAGUUGAAAUGCAACUACUGCCAAGCUAUCGGCCAUCGAGUGAGAAACUGUCAGAACAAAUGUAAGAGGGAAGCUACAACGAGCAACCAUUCAAGAUGUUUGGUACGUUCCAGCCAUUUCGAAGAAUUUAUUCUCAGUACUAGCACUCCACGACAGAAUUCCGAACAGCAAAUUCGUAUCAACGACAAAAGAAUGCACCGUCUAUGUCAACGGAGAAGCGUGCUUAUUAGGAAGACGUGAGAAAGAAGGUGGAUUGUACAAAUUAGACGUAAAAGUUGUACAUCCUGAGAACCCCGCUGAAGUCUUUGCAACGUCCAAUACUAUGCAACUAUACCACGAGAGGUUUGCACACCAAAACAAGAGGCACGUGAAAGCUACAGUUAAACGCGAACUGGACAUAGAUCUUCCUCUUGAUAAGGAGUUGUGCGAAGGCUGCAUAUAUGGGAAAGCUCACAGACUUAAAUUCGGUACGAGAACCCGAGCUACCGCGCCAGGAGAACUCGUACAUACCGACGUUUGCGGACCAUUUCAACCAAGCUUUUCAAAAUUCCAGUACUACGUGUUGUUCAAAGAUGACUAUACAGGCUAUCGUAUGGUAUACUUCCUAAGAUACAAGUCAGAGGUUAAGGAUAAGCUCGCCUUAAU